CACACAUACUCACAAAACAGAGACACUCGUGCCCCGCUGUCACACUGUGUGUGCGGAUGUGCUUGGAGCAGAUGGUCUAAAAUGGACUUCUCAGGUUGGAGACUGGCUGUAUGUCUUGUGGUUCUUGGAGGCAGCAGACAUGCAGUGUGGGCUGAGGAAGGGCUGGGCAGCGAGAGGAACUGUUCUGUAAUUCCUCCGUAUCUGCCACCAACAGCUGUAAACACAUCACUGAGGCUUCAAGAUCUCAGGGCAGCCAUGAGUCCUUUGAAUGUCUCUGCCUACAUCCUCCCUGCGACAGAUUCUCAUCUGAGUGAGUAUAUCGCCCCUAGAGAUGCAAGGUUGGCCUGGAUGUCUGGUUUCACUGGCUCUGCAGGCACAGCAGUUAUUACACAAAGUAAGGCAGUUUUGUGGACUGACAGCCGCUACUGGAUUCAGGCAGAGAGACAAAUGGACUGUAACUGGGAGCUAGAGAGAGAUGUCUCCAUUCGCAUCAUAACCAACUGGCUGAUCAAAGAGAUCCCUGAGGGACAUCAGGUUGGCUUUGACCCAUUCCUCUUCUCUGUAGACACAUUUGAUGUUUACAACACCAACCUGGCUCCAUCAGGCCGGAUCCUGAAAUCUAUGCCUGAUAACCUGGUUGAUAAAAUAUGGACAGAUCGACCUUCUCUGCCUCCUGACAACCCUACACGCUUACCUGACAGUAUCAUCGAGAGGACUUGGCCGAUGAAAGUUGAGCAGAUACGGGCCCAAAUGAAUGACAAUCCAUACAAGCCCACCGCUGUGCUGCUUUCAGCUUUGGAUGAGACGGCAUGGCUGUUUAAUCUACGAGGCAACGACAUCCCAUUCAAUCCAUUCUUCUAUUCCUACACUCUGCUAACAAUGGAUGAAAUAUGGCUCUUUGUGCAUACUGAGCGAAUAACCGAAGAAUUAAAGGAGUAUCUGAAUACGUCAUGCUACCAGGCCAACUGUGUGCAGCUUCUUGAAUACAGCUCUGUGCGCUCAUACCUACAGUCAUAUCUACAGAGACCCAAUGUGAGGGUGUGGGUGGGUACAGAGUACACCAACCAGGCCUUGUAUGAGCUCAUUACUCUUGAGGAAAAUCUACUGACCAGCACUUACUCUCCAGUGCUGAUCACAAAAGCAGUGAAAGAUGCGACAGAGCAACGUAUUCUCAAAGAGGCUCACGUAAGGGACGCAGUCGCAGUCAUGCAGCUUCUGCUGUGGCUUGAGAAGAAAGUCCCCGAGGGCAAAGAGACAGAGCUUACGGCAGCACAUUUUGUCAAUCAGUGUCGCAGUAAGCAAAAGAACAGCAGAGGGUCAAGUUUUGAGACCAUUUCUGCAAGUGGACCUAAUGCUGCUCUUGCCCAUUACAGUCCGUCUAAUGAAACUGCAAGAAAGUUAACGGUGGAUGAGAUGUAUCUUGUUGACUCUGGAGGACAGUAUCUGGAUGGCACAACGGAUAUCACGCGUACUGUGCACUGGGGUGUGCCCACUGACUUUCAAAAGGAGGCAUACACAAGGGUGCUCAUGGGAAAUAUUGAAAUUUCAAGAACCAUCUUUUCUGCUGGAACAAGAGGUGUGAAUAUUGAGAUGCUGGGACGAAGGGCAUUAUGGGAAAUUGGUUUAAACUAUGGUCAUGGCACAGGUCAUGGUGUGGGAAACUACUUUGGAGUCCAUGAAUGGCCUGUGGGAUUUCAGUCCAAUAAUAUUCCAUUUCAAGAGGGGAUGUUUACAUCAAUAGAACCUGGUUAUUACAAGGAGAAUGACUUUGGUAUAAGAAUAGAGGACAUCGCUCUCACUAUUCCAGCUACCACAAAGUAUGGCAACAAUUAUCUGACUUUUGAAACUGUUUCACUGGUGCCUUAUGACAGAAACCUAAUAGACACAUCUCUUCUUAGCCCUGAGCAGCUCCACUGGUUGAACACAUACUACGAGACCAUUCGCAGUGUGGUGGGCCCCGAGCUGGAGAAGCAGGGGCUGAAGGAGGAGCAUGCUUGGAUGAUGAAGCAUACAGCACCCUUCCUUACAGCUAAAUCCUCAGCUGUCAUCUCCUCAGUUACACUGUUAUCAACACUGCUGCCCUCUGCCUUACUGUAUCAUCUGCUUUAAAAGACAUACUGUACGUAGGAAGAAUUAAGCCACUCCACAGUGCUCAGUUUUAUUGCCUCUCUUGCUACUUUGUGCUGGUAGGCUAAACAAUCACCAUCAGGUACAAACAGAAAAGCUCCAAUGCUGAAUAUGUUGCAUAUAAUAUAUUGUAUUUUCUCUCAGUCUGACAUUUCUUCUUUUUGACUUGUUAUUUUUUUCAACAAGCAGUUUUAACUUUUAACAGAUUUACCAGUCCUCAUUGGAUGUCAAAAUCAUGCAUAUGAAAGCUGACAUAGCAUAAUCACAGCAUCUGGUUUACAAUCACAGCAAUUGAACUGUUGUUAAUAUUUAUAAUAUCAUAUUAUCAUGUAUCAUGCUCGUAUUAAAUAAAAAAAGAUAAGAUUAUGAUACGGAAUUGUUUGUUUGCUGGGAAUUCGAUUAAUGUACCAGAGACAAUCAUUGUUUAAUUAUAAUUUAUUAAAAUUAGAUUAC